AUGAAGUACGACUACAUCGUAGUAGGCGGCGGCUCCGCAGGUUGCGCUAUCGCCACUCGGCUAUCGGAGGACCCCGAUCGCUCGGUACUGCUUCUGGAGGCGGGGCCGGAUUACUCCGACUUCGAUCACCUGCCAGACGAUCUGAAGCUCGGCAACAAUGUGUGGCUGUCAGCUUAUGGGCCGCACAACUGGGGAUAUACUGCCCGGCUUACGGCCGAGCAGGAUGACCUGAUCAUUCCCAGGGGGAAGGCAACUGGCGGCUCCAGCGCCGUGAACGGCCAGGUUCUGUUCAGAGGAAUUCCGGAGGACUACGAUCGAUGGGCAGAGUGGGGCAAUGACGAAUGGGGCUUCACACAGGUGUUGCCGUACUUCAACAAGCUGGAGACCGAUUUGGAUUUCGGUGGUGACGACUUUCACGGCUCAAAUGGGCCCGUGCCUGUGCGCCGCACGCCUCGCAGCGAAUGGAUGUCGCACGCAGUCGCAUUUGAGCAGGCGUGCGUUGCCGAGGGCUUUCGCAUCGAUGAGGACCAGAACCAUCCCGAAUCCACGGGCGUGUCGCCGCGCGCUCGCAACAACAUAGACGGCAUCAGGAUGAGUAACGCGAUCAACUAUCUCAAUAUGGCGCGACACCGCCUGAACCUGACUAUCCGUGGCAAUGUUACUGCGCGGCGCAUUCUAUUUGAAGGCAAGCGUGCAGUGGGAAUUGAGGCUGAGAGUGGCGGCGAGGUCUUCUCGGUUGAAGCGGACGAAAUCAUAGUGAGCAGCGGCGCGAUAGCCUCACCGCAACUUCUGAUGCUGUCGGGCAUCGGGCCGGCGGAGCAUCUCCGAAGCUUCGGCAUCGAUGUCGUUCAAGAACUGCCCGGUGUGGGGCAGAACCUGCGCGACCAUCCUGCCGCCGCCGUUCUGUAUCGCGCCGUUGGCGACCCGCCUGAUGUUCAGGCGCCGACAAUUCAGGUUGGGCUGCGCUACACGGUUGAGGGGUCCGACCUCCGCAACGAUAUGCAGCUUAGCCCGAUGCUUAUGACAAGCGAACAUCGCCCCUGCGCAUAUUGA